GGUGGCUCCAGCAGCGCCUCCGUCCCCAGCAGCGGCGCGGCCCCGCCCCCGGCGAGAAGCGGCCACCGUCCCCUCUCCGGCGCAUGCGCGGGAUCGACGCGCGCCCGCUUUUGCGCUGCCGGUCGUUCUUCCGUGGCUACGCGUGCCGGUAGGGGCUCCACGCGCUCCUCACGUGGGGCCGCCGCCAUGAAGUUCGCGUACCGGUUUUCCGGCCUGCUGGGCACCGUGUACCGCCGCGGGAACCUCAACUUCACCCGCGAUGGCAGCACCCUCAUCAGCCCCGUCGGGAACAGGAUCUCCGUCUUCGACCUGAAGAAUAAUAAGUGUGAGACAUUCCCAUUGGCUACACGGCUUAAUAUUGUGUGCGUGGGGCUCUCUCCAGAUGGAAGUCUUGCCAUACUAAUUGAUGAAGAGGGAGCUGCCUUGCUUGUCAGUUUGAUCGGUAAAUGUGUGAUACAUCGCUUUUAUUUUCACAAGCCAGUUCACAGUGUCAGCUUUUCCCCUGAUGGCAAGAAAUUUGUGAUUACAAAAGACAAUGUUGCUCUUAUGUACCAUGCUCCUGGGAGGAAACGAGAAUUUAAUGCGUUUGUUCUGGACAAAACUUACUAUGGUCCAUAUGAUGAAACAACCUGUAUCGACUGGACUGAUGAUUCCAAAUGUUUUGCAGUAGGGAGCAAGGACAUGUCUACAUGGGUGUUUGGAGCAGAACGAUGGGCAAACUUGAUCUACUACUCACUUGGAGGGCAUAAGGAUAUAAUAGUAGCCUGCUUUUUUGAAGAGAACAGUCUAGAUCUGUACACAAUUAGCCAGGAUGCAGCGCUCUGUGUGUGGCAGUGUGAUACAGAGCUUAGUGGUUUGAAGCCCAUGCCCCCUAAAGAUGCAGCAAGGGAAGAGGGUGCGGCAAAAGAUGAUGAAGAGUUUCUUGAAGAGCCAAAGGGUGAAGAAGUUCAUGGAAAAGCCAAUCCAAAUAAACAAGAGACUAGAGAUAAGGUUAAAUAUUCACGUGUUGCAAAGUAUUUUUUCAAUAAAGAGGGAGAUUUUAAUAACCUGACAUCUGCAGCUUACCACAAGAAAACUCAUCUUUUAGUCACUGGUUUUGCUUCUGGAAUCUUUCACCUCCAUGAGCUUCCCGACUUCAAUCUGAUCCACUCCUUGAGUAUUUCAGACCAAAGGAUAGCUUCUAUUUCUGUCAACUGUACCGGUGACUGGAUUGCCUUUGGAUGUUCAGGUUUGGGUCAGCUCCUGGUGUGGGAAUGGCAAAGCGAGUCCUAUGUGCUGAAGCAGCAGGGGCAUUUCAACAGCAUGGUUUCAUUAGCAUAUUCUCCAGAUGGACAAUACAUAGUAACUGGAGGGGAGGAUGGAAAAGUGAAAGUGUGGAACACUUCAAGCAGCUUUUGUUUUGUCACUUUUACAGAACAUACCAGUGGUGUAACUGCUGUAACUUUUACUUCCAAUGGUUAUGUCAUUUUGAGUGCUUCCCUAGAUGGAACUGUGCGUGCCUUUGAUCUACACAGAUACCGCAAUUUCCGUACCUUUACGUCUCCACGACCACGUCAGUUCUCUUGUUUAGCUGUGGACUCCAGUGGCGAGAUUGUGUCAGCUGGUUCCCAGGAUUCCUUUGAAAUAUUCAUCUGGUCAAUGCAGAGUGGGAGGCUGCUAGAUGUCUUAUCAGGUCAUGAGGGCCCCAUCAGCAGUUUGUCCUUUAACCCAAUGAAGUGUGUUCUAGCUAGUGCAUCUUGGGAUAAAACUGUCAAGUUAUGGGAUAUGUUAGACAGCUGGAGAACUAAGGAGACACUAAUAUUGAACUCAGAUGUUCUUGUUGUUGCUUUCCGUCCUGAUGGCAAGGAGCUUGCAGUGGCUGCUUUGAAUGGACAGAUAACAUUUUGGGAUCAUGAAAAUGCAGUGCAAACUGGUUCAAUUGAGGGAAGGCAUGAUCUUCAGAUGGGAAGGAAGGAGCUUGAUAAAAUAACUGCCAAACAAUCGGCUAAGGGAAAAUCUUUUACUACUCUGUGUUACUCAGCAGAUGGUCAGUCUAUUCUGGCAGGUGGAUUGUCAAAAUUUGUCUGUAUAUAUAAUAUCAAGGAGCAGAUUCUUAUGAAAAAAUUUGAGAUCUCAUGCAACUUUUCUUUAGAUGCAAUGGAGGAGUACCUAGAUCGGAGAAAAAUGACUGAAUUUGGCAGCAUGGCUCUGAUUGAUGAAGGAGGUGGAGGUGAAGAUGGUGUUGCUAUUCCUCUUCCUGGAGUAAAAAGAGGUGACAUGAGUUAUCGACACUUUAAACCAGAAAUAAGAGUGACUUGCCUGCGAUUCUCUCCCACAGGACGAAGCUGGGCAGCCACAACCACAGAGGGUCUUCUUAUCUAUUCAUUGGACUCUGGGCUAAUUUUUGAUCCUUUUGAUCUGGAUAUUGAUGUCACACCCAGCAAUAUACGCAAAACAUUGCAUCAGAAGGAAUACACUAGGGCUAUCAUCAUGGCCUUCAAGCUGAAUGAAAAGAAGUUAAUUCAGGAAGUCAUAGAGGCUGUACCUAGCAAUGAAGUUGAUGUUGUCUGCUCAUCACUCCCAGACCUGUACGUGGAGAAAAUAUUGGAGUUCCUGGCCUCUGCGUUAGAGAUAUCUUGUCAUUUAGAGUUCUAUCUUAUUUGGGCUCAUAAGUUGCUUAUGCUACAUGGACAGAAACUGAAAACAAGGUCAGUGAAGCUGCUCCCUGUGAUUCAGUUCCUUCAGAAAAGCAUCCAACGCCAUUUUGAAGAUGUUUCCAAACUCUGUGAAUGGAAUAUCUACAAUAUUAAAUAUGCAUUGGCCAUCUCACAACAGCGGGGCAUGAAACGUCUGGCAGAAGAAGCAUCAGUAGAUGAAGACUUGGAUUCUGACAGUGAUUGUCUUAUGCAAGAAGUUCAUAAAGACUAGAUACUCUUCGUGGGAGGGAGAAAACCUAAGACAAAGUAAUUCUAUGCAGUGGUAUUCACUGAGAAUUAGUGGCCCUCAUAGUGGCACGUUUUAACUCUUUUUAACAGCAUGGAUGGAGUUACAUGUGAGUUACAGAGGUGGGGGAAAUGUAGGAUAGACAAAGUGCCAGCCAUAGUGUAUUAGGUGUACCCUUUGUCCAUAACAGCUCGACAGCAUUGAUUUCUUGAUUCAUUGGGUUUUUUUUUUUUUAUCGUUCCUGAUUUCAAGUAAGACAAAAAGGUAUUCUUAUAUCGGUGAAGUUAGAACUAUGGCUGGAAGAAGUGCAUUCUUUAUUAAAAAUGCAUUGUACAUAGACUUAAGUAUUGUGAGUUAUUUGUAAUGCAAUCUUGUCAUACUUCGUGAUGGACUCUUUUUUUUAAAUUUUUUUUAAAUAAUUCGUAAUUGGAGGACUACAUAUUGCUCUCAACUUGUUUUAAAUGUUGUUUUUAUUGGGUUUAAUAUGUACACGUUACUGGAACACUGUUAGGAAUAAUUGGCCCCAUUUUUCUUAGUUCUAUAGCUUCCAAAACUGAUGAAGUUUCAAUAGUGAGGAUAAAUGAUACAGCCAUAACAAUGAAUAUGGGGAAAAAAUAUACUGUGCUAUAUAACUUCUGCAGAGGUUUAAUUAAUCUGAGAUACUGUAGUAAAUAUUGGUUUGGAAAUUGCAAAUUCAGUAAUCUAACUUGAACUGUAAGAGAACAUGUUCCAGAUGUUUCUUUUGCUCAUGAAAGCCCUUUCUUAUCUUGUGUUUGUAAAAUGUUUUUAUUAACAUAAAAACCUGAAACUUUUGGUUUUCUUUGCUUUUGUGAAUUGGCAUGAAAAUUUGCUAAUAACAGGGUGAGGUCCUGAACACAAAGAACUAUAUCUGUGCUUGUGAUGCUUUCAAGCCACAUGUUGAAAGGCCUUUGUUAAUGAAGAUAGUGAAAAUAUUAAUAAUGAGCCAGAAUCCUCCCCCCAGUGUAUUCUGUUAUUUUUGGGUUUGUUUUCUGGUCUCUUUCCACUCUUGGAAGAAAGGAGAGGUAAAACUGCUGAAGAAGAAGUCCAAAAUACACAGCAGACGCAUACAGUCACUUUGUAGAAUUUCAGUAUAUAAAAUAGAUGCACUUCCUACUUAAAACAUAGCAAAGUGAUUUGUUUUGUUUUUCUUACGGUAAAAUGUUUAAAAAUACCUUCAGUUGCUGGUGCCCCCUUGCCUGCUAACACUUGCGUGGUCGUGCCAAUGUUUCAGAGUCUGAGGUGUGAAGGAGUAGCUGGGCUGGAGUGAUGCUUGCGGAAGAUGCUCUGUGGUACUGUGUUGGAAUUGCUUGUCAUUCUCCACCCCUCUGCCGCUGCCUCCUGCCACGUUGGAAACCUGGGGAGGUGUAGGUGGCUAGGGAGGUAGUGGUGCAGGAAAAAGAAAAAUCCAUCUUGGGAUCCUUGUAAAACUGAUGUGCUUAAGCUAAUGUCAAAAACAUGAUCGUGUUACCUGAUGUACAACAUAGUUGUUACUUAAUCCGUUUUACUGUUUUUCAUAUACAUGCUGUCUUUGCAUGCUUUUUUUUAAAGACCGUACUCUUCUCCCAAACUGUAUGACCUGUAGCAGACAGGCUGUAAUCGUUCUGGGACUGUCUGGGCAAUAGCUUUGUGCUAUGUAAAAUAGGAGUUGUGCUGUUUUAUGAAGUUGCCUAGCUUGAUCCCUAAAUUUGUAUUUGGGUUUUACAGCAUUACAGAAUGCAGAAUAUGGAGAAAAUGUGGCCUUUCAGGAUAACAUCUUAGAAACAUGGUUUUGGGUUAUUUUACUCUUCACAUUCAAAACAUUUCUAAAGAUGAAAACUUCACAAGCAAAAGUGUGUUUUAGAAAGUGCAAGAACCUUGAGAGGAGACAAGAGGGGUAGUGUAGCACCCAUUCUUGGAUAUGAGAUGAGGACAUGUUCUGUGCCUGUUAGUCAUUUUGCUUGAUCUGUAAUAAACUUUUGUGGGUAAUCAAGAUGCAUUUUAUGACAUGCAUGAAAAUUUUCUUGUCUUUCCAUUACCAGUGAUGAAACUUGGCACUGUUUAAAUGUUUGUUUUAUCUUUCUCUUUUAAAAGCAAUAUGCUAUUUCACAAGAUCCUAGAAAGAAAUAAAGCUGUCCCUGUAUGUUGGU